GUCUUUUUUGUGUUACAGCUUCAGAUGCUGGGCUAUGAUGUCAGCUGGGCCGCUUUCAACAUCGUUGAAGUCAUGAGUUCCUCAAAGUUCACAUACAAGAGGAUUGGCUACUUAGCAGCCUCACAGUGCUUUCACGAGAGCACAGAUGUCAUCAUGCUGACAACCAAUCAGAUUCGAAAGGAUCUCAGUAGCCCUAACCAGUAUGACACAGGUGUCGCCCUCACUGGCCUCUCUUGUUUUGUGACUCCUGACCUGGCUCGGGAUCUUGCAAAUGACAUCAUGACACUGAUGUCCCACACUAAACCUUACAUCAGGAAGAAAGCCGUGUUGAUCAUGUAUAAAGUGUUUUUGAAGUACCCAGAGUCACUCCGUCCUGCUUUCCCAAGGCUUAAGGAGAAACUGGAGGACCCAGACCCAGGUGUCCAGUCAGCAGCUGUAAAUGUAAUCUGUGAGCUGGCCAGGAGAAAUCCCAAGAACUAUCUGUCUCUGGCUCCACUUUUCUUCAAACUUAUGACCUCUUCUACUAAUAACUGGGUUCUCAUUAAGAUAAUUAAACUGUUCGGUGCCCUCACACCUCUGGAGCCGAGGUUGGGGAAGAAGCUCAUCGAACCUUUGACAAAUCUAAUCCACAGUACUUCUGCCAUGUCUCUGCUAUAUGAAUGUGUCAACACUGUAAUUGCAGUGUUGAUUUCUUUAUCCUCUGGGAUGCCUAACCACAGUGCUAGUAUCCAGCUCUGUGUGCAGAAACUACGAAUCCUGAUAGAAGACUCGGACCAGAACUUGAAGUACUUGGGCCUGCUCGCCAUGUCAAAGAUUCUGAAGACCCAUCCCAAGUCGGUGCAGUCUCAUAAGGACCUGAUCCUUCAGUGUCUGGAUGACAAAGAUGAAUCCAUUCGUCUCAGAGCUUUGGACCUGCUUUAUGGCAUGGUAUCGAAGAAGAACUUGAUGGAGAUUGUGAAGAAGCUGAUGCUACAUGUAGACAAAGCCGAAGGAACCACCUACAGAGACGAGCUGCUCACCAAGAUCAUUGACAUUUGCAGCCAAAGCAACUAUCAGUACAUCACCAACUUUGAGUGGUACAUCAGUAUCCUGGUGGAGCUGACCCGAUUAGAGGGCACGCGGCACGGCCAUCUCAUCGCCUCUCAGAUGCUGGACGUUGCCAUUCGGGUCAAAGCCAUCCGGGCGUUUGCUGUCGCCCAGAUGGCAACGCUGCUGGAUAAUGCUCACCUGCUGACGGGCAACACGCAGAGAAAUGGCAUCUGUGAAGUGUUGUACGCUGCUGCCUGGAUCUGCGGCGAGUUCUCGGAACACCUGGAAAACCCAAUGCAAACAUUAGAGGCUAUGUUGCGACCAAAGGUGGCCACCCUGCCUGGCCACAUCCAGGCCGUGUACGUACAGAACUCAGCCAAGCUGUUUGCCACCGUGCUGAAGAGUCAGGAAGGGGACACAGAUGGCACAACCGCACAGGAAGCCAGUCAGCUGAUGAUAGACAGGCUGCCUCUGUUUGUCCAGAGCGCCAACCUCGAGGUGCAGGAGAGGGCGUCCUGCAUCCUGCAGUUGGUCAAGUACAUCCAGAAGCUUCAGCAGAAGGAUGUAGAAGUGGCAGAAGAAGUCUGUGCUCUGUUUGCUGGAGAGCUCAACCCUGUGGCCCCUAAAGCACAGAAGAAAGUUCCUGUUCCUGAAGGCCUGGACCUGGAUGCUUGGAUCAACGAGCCUCCAUCCGAGAGCGAGUCAGAGGACGAGCAACCAAAGGCAAUUUUUGCUAAAGAGGAGCCAAAACACUCCCGUUCUCGUCACACAGAGGUGGAUGAGAAAGAGCUGGCCAGGAGGAGAGAAGCCAGGAAGCAGGAGCAAGCAAACAAUCCGUUUUACAUCAAGGCCUCCCCAUCCUCUCAAAAGGUGUAUCAGGAAACUCCUGGAGUGGAGCACAUCCCAGUAGUUCAGAUUGACCUCAGUGUGCCUCUCAAAGUCCCAGGUCUGCCUAUGUCCGACCAGUACGUGAAGCUGGAGGAGGAACGCCGUCAGAAGGCGAGAGCAGAGAAGAAAAAGAAGGAAAAAAAGAAGAGGAAAGAAAAGCGCAGCGGACGAGGGAAGAAACACGACUCCGGUCCGGAGAGCGAAGAGGACAUCGCACCUGCGCACAUGGUCGACAUUGUAACCGAGGAGAUGCCAGAGAAUGCCUUACCCAGUGAUGAUGAUGAAAGAGACCCCGCUGACCCGCACAAAGCUCUGGAUAUCGACCUGGACAAUUUGGUGGAAUCGGCUGGGCGCAGGCCGCUUGCAGACAGUGAGAAGCUGCCGGUCAGGUCCCACCGUGCCGUCGAGGUUCAGAAAAGCCCCGUAGAGGACGGAGAGAGAGAAAAUGCAGCUUCGCAGGAACCCAAGAAGAAGAGCAGCAAAGAAAAGAAGGAGAAGAAGAAGGAUAAAGACAGAGAUAGAAAGAAGAGCAAAGAAGAAAAAAAGAAGAAGAAACACAAACAUGAAGAGAAGGAGGAGGACCUUCUGGGCGAUCAGACGGACGAGCCCGUGGUCCAAUCAGAAGAAACAAGUGAAGUGGCGGCACCGCCCACUUCCACCUCCGCUGAGGUUUCGGACCUGGAUUUCUGGCUCUCAAACGCUCCACUGCCCUCUAACACCCAGAAGUCCUCCAAACACAAGAAGAAGAAGCAGAAAAAGGAAAAGGAAGACAAGGAGAAGAAAAAGAAGAAGAAGCAUCAUCACCAUCAUCACCACAGCGAUGAAGGUGGAGAAGAGUCGGUGCAGAAUGGGACUGUCGAGGAGGAGGAGGAGCCUCUUCCGCCCAUGUCCAAUUACUGCCUGCUGGCUGAGAACACCUACAUUAAGAUGAUGAUGGAAGAUGCUGACGAGGUGUAUGACAUCCAGGGGAACCUGCAGGAUGGCAGUCAGGUGGUUGUCUCUGUUAUAUUUGAGAACAAGUGUGACAGCUUCCUGAAAUCCAUGGAGUUCAACGUCUUGGAUUCUCUGAACUCCAAGCUGCAGAGGCCAGAAGGCUCAGGUCCACACGAUGGCCUCGUCGUCCCCUUCCAGCUUCCUCCUGGAGUUUCUAACGAGGCAAGGUUUGUCUUCACUGUGCAAAGUAUCGUAAUGCCCCAGAAGCUAAAGGGAACUUUAACCUUUAUCGUCAAGAAUGAAGACUCCUCCACUCAUGAGAAACUGGACUUUAAACUGCACUUUACAUGCACCUCCUAUCUAAUCACUACUCCUUGUUACAGUGAUGCUUUUGCAAAGCUUCUGGAGUCGGGAGACCUGAAGAGCAGCUCCCUCAGACUGGAGGGGGUUAACAUGCCCUUCCACCAUCUACUGGCCAGGAUCUGCUUUCACCACCACUUCUCUGUUGUGGAGAGGAUCGACUCCUGUGCCUCCAUGUACAGCAGGUCCAUUCAGGGUCACCAUGUCUGUCUGCUGGUCAAAACUUCUGGUCAAACGGUGUCCGUUGAUGCAAAAUGUGACGAGCCAACGCUGCUUGGGAACGUACUGGAUGAGAUCAAGCAGACCUUUUCUCAGUGCUGAUUGUGUCUGACAGCCCCAGGGUGCUCACCCCCCCUACACAAGCUCUCGCCGACUGCCCCACUCCGUCACUAAAACACAACAUAAUCACUUUACAAAAUACAGCGGUUGGCACCUCCAGCUUCACCCUAUUUAUUAGUCCUCUUCCUUUCUCCUACGUCAGCUUUGUUUCUCCUCAGCUUCGUGCUCAGUGGUCGUUUUACAGACUCUAUGUCCACACUCUUCAUCUUCUCCGCAGCGCACCAUAAUGAUUGUUUGUUUGUUUGUUUUUUUUUACUUCCUGGUUUUCAAACGGCCCUCCUCCUUCCACCCUGACUCUACACUGAGCCGCUUGUUUCUGGAUGCCCUCACCUCCUCCGCUCUUUCUGACAUCGCCUUUCUGCACUCCACUCUGCUGGCAGUUCAGCCUGUGACAGUCCUGUAGUGUGUCGUUGACAAACUGGACAUUUGCUGUUGAUUGGUGAAUUGUAUUUUUACUGUUUUUGAAGUUUUACGUUUUUGUCCGUAGUUUGUUUUAGUUUGAUCUUUUUCUAUUCUUUUUCUUUUUGAGCCUGUCUGCGCCUUUUGUCUUUUCUGCUCACUGAACAUUUCAUCUGUGUAGGCCUGGAAAAUAAACAAUGUGACCGACUCUUUUUCAGACAGUUUUGGCUGAAAAAGUGCAUACUCUAACUUGUUGACUGACCGGGUGUCUAGAGAAGACUGAAAACUGGGCAGCUGCAUUGAUGAUGGAAUACAAAAAAAAAGGCUAAAUAGACCAAAAUGAGUUAACUUGUAUAGAAUAACCUUUGUCCUACUUGCUUGUUGUUGAGAUUCGGAGCAGACCCAUGCUCCUCGUGAAGCUAAGCUAGAAGAUUAUGCAGCAAAAUUAGCAUUCUUCAAGGUCAUAUAGAGCCCCACGUAACGUCUACAAGUAUAUACUCGCUAACUGAAAUGCGCUAAUUUGCCCCAAAGACUUUAAACACAUCAUUUCUUUCACAAACCAAAUAAGAUUAGAAUCCUUGAGUUAAAUAGUGCAAACGUAUGAAGAAUGUACAGCAUUAAGAUGACAUUACCAGGACAGGUUUGUUGUUUUAUCAUGCUUGGUUUCCUGGUUUACCAACCAGUGACGAAAGCUUCUCAUGUUGCAUAUUUUCUUUUGUGCCCUCCAUUUGAAGUUAUUUUUUGAAGUUUGUUAAGAACUAGAGAAAAACUAUCGCAGCAAACCCCAGCUUCCUCUGAUUCAGUAUUAGUCGACCCGGCUUCCACUGGAAGGGGAGCGUCUGCUCUGUCUUCACGUGUUCUCGUGAAAUAUUUGCACUCGUGCCACUUUUUUCAUCUCGGUAAUUCCACCAGGGCUGGCGAACGCUCAGCUGACAUGUAUCCUUGAUGUUUCUUUGCCCUUUAGAAACUGCCUUGCCUCUUUUUUGUGCAUUAAUGUGUCAUGAGGAGCAUGGAAAUUAAAAAUAAAAAAAAGAGCUGGCCCUUCUAUUACGAGCCUCUCAGAGGUAUUCGAUGUUUCAGUUAGCAUCAGUCAUAUUUGAGCUCGUGUUCCCUGUCCAGCUUUAUCCUUUGUAGUAAGAUGAAAACUGACUUGGUAGCGUUUGUUCAUAUUUCCGGGUACGGCCCCUUUCACAUUUGUUUGCUGUUGUAGAUAAUUAUAAUGAUGAUGUCUUAGACCAGAAGGUCAGGUCAGUCAUUCCACUAGAUAUUCUGUAGAGUUUGAACACCGAGAAGAUCAGUUGUUUCUCAAAAAAACAGAUGAUUAUGCAUUCCUCCUUCCUGAAAGUGACUGAUCAUCAACGAGUCAAAGAUUCAUUUAUGAUCAUUUUGUGCAUAAUUGAUAAAUUCAUUUACUGCAUGAUUAGGAAUGUACACUUUAAUUUCUCGGACAUCUUCAGAAACUUGUCAUUCCAUACUGUCGUUUCCACCCCCCCCCCCCCACACACACACACACAUUUUCUAUUUUUAUGUUUACCUGAUCAUUCUCUGUUUUGAUUGUGUUGUGUUUUUAUCUAUUCUAAGUUCAGACAUUAAAAGAAAAUAUUACUGAAUGUUUUAAAUUAUUAAACGCAGGGGGAUGGAAGGGGCUUCUGCUUGGUGUCGUGACACUAAAGGCGUGGGGCUCGGACAAAAAAAUAAAAAAUAAAUAAAACUCGCUGGAGCAGAGCAGUUCACCUGAAGCAGCCCACUGUCUUAAUUCUGUUGGUUCAGUUCUUGUGAGAGAUUUGACCAAGUUCGGCUUGUAACAUUGAGAUAUACACUCAAAAUGACAGAUUUUAAUGAUCAUGCCUUUUAUUUCUCCAUAUUCACUUAUCAAGCUUACAGUGUACAUUGUCAUGAUGUCAAAGGGGCAAUAUAAAUGAUAGAGUUCCCUUUAAAUGAAGUCCACUCAAAGUAAAAAUAAAGCCUGUGAGAAGCUUC